GGAGAGUGGAGCGCCGAGUGAGAGUGUGCAGGACGCUCCGGGAGGAGGGGGGCGGGGGGAGCAGCGCCGCGGCCGCCGCCGCCGCCUCCACCGCCUGGGACGAAGGGGUGGGGGACGGACGAGCCCCGAUGCCGGGGGAGACAGAAGAGCCGAGACCCCCGGAACAGCAGGACCAGGACGGGGUAGAGGCGGCGGCGGCCAAGGCGGCUCCAGAGGAGCCCCAACAACAGCCCCCUGAGGGGGCGGCGGCGACGCCGCCUGCGGGGGCCACUAGCAGCCGCGUGCUGAGGGGAGGACGGGACCGGGGCCGGGCCGCUGCGGCGGCCGCCGCCGCUGUGUCCCGUCGGAGGAAGGCCGAGUAUCCCCGCCGGCGGAGGAGCAGUCCCAGCGCCAGGCCUCCGGAUGCCACAGGGCUGCAGUCCCAGGCCGCGAAGCCUCCGUCUCCAGCUCAGGGCAAGAAGAGUCCGCGACUCCUAUGUGUAGAAAAAUUAACAGAUAAAGAUCCCAAGGAAGAGAAAGAGGAAGAAGACGAUUCGAUCCUCCCUCAGGAAGUUUCCAUUGCUACAACCAGGCCUAGCCGGGGCUGGCGCAGUAGCAGCAGGACAUCUGUCUCGCGGCAUCGUGACACAGAGAACACCCGAAGCUCCAGGUCCAAGACUGGUUCACUGCAGCUCAUCUGCAAGUCAGAGCCAAAUACAGAUCAGCUUGAUUAUGAAGUUGUAGAAGAACAUCAAUCUACAGGUGGCAUUAGUAGUGAUGAGGAGGAGGAGGAAGAAGAGAUGUUAAUCAGUGAAGAGGAAAUACCAUUUAAAGAUGACCCAAGAGAUGAGACCUACAAACCCCACUUAGAAAGGGAAACUCCAAAGCCCCGGAGAAAAUCCGGGAAGGUGAAAGAAGAGAAAGAGAAGAAAGAGAUUAAAGUGGAAGUAGAGGUAGAGGUGAAAGAAGAAGAAAAUGAAAUUAGGGAAGAUGAAGAACCUCCUAGGAAGAGAGGAAGAAGGCGAAAAGAUGACAAAAGUCCACGAUUACCCAAAAGGAGGAAAAAGCCUCCAAUCCAGUAUGUGCGUUGUGAAAUGGAAGGAUGUGGAACUGUUCUUGCUCACCCUCGCUAUUUGCAGCACCACAUUAAAUAUCAGCAUUUGCUGAAGAAGAAAUACGUAUGUCCCCAUCCCUCUUGCGGGCGACUCUUCAGGCUCCAGAAGCAACUUCUGCGACAUGCCAAACAUCAUACCGAUCAAAGGGAUUAUAUUUGUGAAUACUGUGCUCGGGCCUUCAAGAGUUCUCACAAUCUGGCAGUGCACCGGAUGAUUCAUACAGGCGAGAAGCCGUUACAAUGCGAGAUCUGUGGAUUCACUUGUCGGCAAAAAGCAUCCCUUAAUUGGCACAUGAAGAAGCAUGACGCAGACUCCUUCUACCAGUUCUCUUGCAAUAUCUGUGGCAAAAAAUUUGAGAAGAAGGACAGCGUAGUGGCACACAAAGCAAAAAGCCACCCUGAGGUGCUGAUUGCCGAAGCUCUGGCUGCCAACGCAGGCGCCCUCAUCACCAGCACAGAUAUCCUGGGCACUAACCCAGAGUCCCUGACACAACCUGCAGAUGGUCAGGGUCUUCCUCUUCUUCCUGAGCCCUUGGGAAACUCCACCUCUGGAGAGUGCCUCCUGCUAGAGGCCGAAGGGAUGUCAAAGUCAUACUGUAGUGGGACAGAACGGGUGAGCCUGAUGGCUGAUGGGAAGAUCUUUGUGGGAAACAGCAGCAGUGGGGGCACUGAAGGGCUGGUCAUGAACUCAGAUAUACUCGGUGCUACCACAGAGGUUCUGAUUGAAGAUUCAGACUCUACUGGACCUUAGUAGAAGGGAAGACUUUAGGCACUGGGACAGCUCAGACUUUGUACUUAAAAGAUAAAAAGGACAAAAAAAAAAAUUUAAAGCAUUUAAGAUCUAGUGAAAUAACUGAAGGGCCUGCUCUUUCCAAUGUGGAUCACAGCACACACACACAUACACACACACACCCUCCCUCCCUCCCCCCUCUCCUGACCCCUUUAUAAAAUUGAUGUUGCCUUUAUCAGAAAAGUAGACAAAAAAUAAGCUCUUAAAGUGAGGGUGAUCCUCAUGCUCAGUUCCAGCCAGGCAGACUUCCUGCUCAUUAGCAGAUCCCCUUUUCCAACCUAUAAUUCUUACAUGCUUUGGAUCAGCUUUUAACUCUGAGUAGUAUAUACUGUCCUAUAAGUCCCUUCUCCUCCUUUACUGCUGCCCUAUGGUCUGGCUUCUACCCAUUGCAGCACACUUAUCCUCAAAGUAUCAUCUACUUCUAAUCUCUGGAGGCUGGCAGCUUGACUUGGCACUUUAGAGCCCCUUAGCAGGGUGAGCUGUUAAAACAGCACACACCUCUCACCCCCCUUUCCUCCGUUCCUCACUGGGUUUUUGAAAGGAAGGAUACAUGGGGACCACUUCGACCCCAGCACCUCAGUCCUCCUCCCAACACCUCCAUAUGGUUCUCAGUGGUGCUCACUUGCUUGGAAGCAGGCUCCCAGCAGGGAGGGGGCUGCCCUCUACAUGGUCUCUGACCAUAGCACAGGGCUGUGUAUCAGUAAGACAAAAAAGUCCCAGUCUAAUGGCAGAAAUUUGCACUUUGAACAUGUGUGUUUUUGUGUUGUGGAACCUGAGAUUCCUUAUUUAUUAACGGAAAGUCUGAUUUUUUUUUUUUUUUUUUUUUUGUCUUUGUUGCUAUAUUUUGUGGGGCUGGGAGAGAUUAGAUUAUUCUGACAUGGGGUCCUUUUCCAUAAGAGGUACUUUUGAAGGUAAGAUAGAUAUAGGGUUGAAGAAGCACAGCCAGCCUCUAAAAUCAUAGCUCUCCAGUGGCCUUUAAGCUGGUCCUCAGCACUAAUAAAAUCACUACAGUAGCUUAGUGCUUUUUUGGAAGGCUUUUUAGGGAAGAAUGUUAGAUUUAUGGUAAUUAGUGCUCUGUGAAUUUUUAAAGCAUUGAGAUUUAAGAAUUUUGAGGGGAUGAAGAUGGUUCAGGGUCUGAAUUACAGAUAAAAGAUUUUCUCUUGCAAAUUUGUUUUUGUUUUUAUUUUGUUCCCAUCAUUUCUUUACACACGCCUCCCUGUUGGCCCAACUCUGGCCCCUUGCUGUGUUUUUGUUUUUGCUUUGCUUAAUCAUUGGUUCAUUCCAGCUCCCGAUUAGUGAAGGACACUGCCAUUAGUGAAGGAAUAGUCUAGGAGUCGUACAGUUUUAAUUCAAAGAAAACUGCUCUGUUAUGUUUCCCUUUCAGUAACACCUGGGAAGAGGAAAGCCUUCAAUAGACAACAUUAAUAAUAAAAUAAUUGCUUUGGCUUCCACCUGAAAUCUUGGGAUUUACCUCUUCCCUUGCGAUAGGGAUUUUCAUGGGAUGGAUCGCUUCUUACUGUCCAUGAAAGAGACUGGUAUAAGUUCAUAACUCCCAGAAGACAAAAAGCCUAUUUCGGCUCAUUUUUAGGGAGUUUCUGCCCUGCGUACCUCAGAAGCUGGAAUUCGUGGCUUGCCCUAUGCAUUGUUUGUCAGAAAUGCACGACGGCUGUUGGAAAGAAUGAUGUUCUGCUGAGAACAAAAUAAGGAACAGCUUGUUUUUCACAAACACUAAAACUACAAAGUGUGUUAAUUUUCUCUGGUUUUGUUUUUUUCCCCAAGAAGAGGGGUAACAAAAUGUCAUCUCUGAAAGAGGCGUACUUUACACCCACUAGUGUCAGUGGUUGGGAUGCCAGGAAUCGGGAUUGCAACACCUACAGUGAACGGUCUUCAAUGCCCUAUUGUUUCUUUUCAGAGUGUUGCAGAUUUGCCGUCCCUCCAAUGUAGGGGUAGAAAAUGGAAUAAAGAUAGAAGGGAUGUAGAAUAUGCUCUCCUGCCCACAGUAAGGAUUUGGAGUUGACUUUGGUAUGUUGAUUAGAUCUGAAAAUACUCCAUGACUGAUUGGACGGGUCUACAACAAAGUUGGUUUCCCGCCCCAUGUAAGUCCCUUCUGUACUGUUUCACUAGCUAGCAUCUGUUCCCGAAAUUUACCUUUGUGUUUGGCACACUUAUUUUAUCCUUUGUGUCCAUAAAUUACAGUUUUGGAAGUUAGUUAUGAGAUAUUUUAGCCACGUACUCAAAAGCAAACUGCAUAAAAAACUAUAAGAUAGAGGGAAAUAUGUUCUUCCCUGUCACACUCCUUUCCCCGCCAAAGACAACUAGUUAGUUCUAAUAAAUAAAAUUGUUAUUUCUCCCCCCUUUUGUCCCCUUAAUAGCUACCUUUUACCUACAAUUUACUCCAAUAAAUUAUUGCAGUUUGUGAUAAAUUUUAAAUAUUUUCUAUGAACUUUUUGUUUUUCCUUUUGAGAAAGGGAUGCUAGCGUAUGAAAGAGCUGGUGUAAGUAAAAUGACUUAUUCUGGGCCUUCUUCCCUUUUUCCUUCCUGCUCCUCAUGCUGUUAUUUCAUUGUCCUUCCAAGGAGCUCUUAAUCUUAACACUGCAUUUCCUACUCUUAAUCAAAUUCUGUUACCACUUUUUCCUACUACAUGUUCUCCAUUGUGAAUUGGCAAUUCUAGAUUCUGAAAAGGUAGAGAUACAAGCAUUAUUUCUGUGCUUCCCCCUUGUUUGAUUGACCAGGGUUAUUUUACGUAAUUGAGACGUAAUAUGCUUCAGAGAAUUUAGAUAAACACUGGCCAGGAUGACUGGGAGUAAAAAAUAUAUAUAUAUUACGGUAUGGAAAAGCAUCCACAUAGAGCACUUGAACCUCCUUUGUACCUAUUUGGAGAAAAAAAUAUAAAGAAUGUAUUAAACCUGAGGUUAUUACAGUCUGGUUGUUUGAAAUACCAUUUUUCUCUCCUGUCUUUUUCCCACUUUCCAAUGUACUCAAAAAAAUUAAAAAAUUGUAAUGGAUCAAUUUAAAAUAUUUUAUUUCCUAAAAGCCUUUUUGCCUAUUGUAAUGUGCAGGACCCUUCUCCUUUGAUGGGAGAGACAGGUAGUUACCUGAAUCUAGGUUGAAAAAAGUUAUGUAAAAAGAAAUUAUAAUAAAAGGGAUACUCUGCUUUUCAAAUUCUUGUUUUCUCUUAAUCUAGGUAAGGCAUAUCCAAAAUGAAUAUGUAAAGAAGAAAAAUAAAAGUUGUCUUCAUGGAAGCAA